AUGUUCUUCUUGAAGUCGUUGUUGUUCUUCAGAUGUUUAUUCAUUGGCUCACUCUUCCUAUUCAUCUAUCGUCUGUAUAAGGAAUACACCAUUGAAACAGACUUUGUUAACCAAAUACUUCCACAAUCUUUUCUUCCAACUAUUUUGUGGUCUUCGAUCGAUAUUGAGAAUCCUGAACGGUUACAUAAUCCUUUGGCUGAACGUCUUCGUUUGAAUGAAUUGUUCGCAUCAAAGCAAAUCGAAUGUAAGAACUCAUUGCGCAUUGCUGAUUCACGUCAGACAUUCGUAAUUUGUCCUGAAAUUCAUAAUAAUUUCGAAACUGGACUGACGAUAACGGGUAAUUCGUUUUCCAAUGGAGACAUCGAAGCUCAAUUGAAUAUUUCCAAAUGGACGGUUUUCCUACCUGAGGACAGCACGAUAAUUGAUAAUCUGUUAGGUGAUGUAGAAGUUAAUUACUUUACUGAGCUUUCAUCAUGGGAUCACUGGCAUACGUGGGACAUGGAACAGGCAGUCAAAGGAAAAACAUUUUCAUUCAUGAAGUUUGAGCUUUACACGCCAUAUUUUGAGAACUACGAUCAGCCUUCAGUCAUUCGGAAGCUGUUGAAGCUGUUGAAAAUGCCUGCUAACUAUAUGUUGAUAACUAUACAUGUUCCGCCCGAUGAUAAUGAUAAAGGCAAACGAGUUCUAUCAGAGUGGUAUCGUUUGUUCUACUGGCUAUUCUUUGAGAAAGACUAUGCCAUAUCUGGAGCUUAUCCAAGUGGAUCUUGUGGUUUCCAAAGUCAGUCUUGUCGAUACCAUAUUAGUCUUGUCAAUCAUAAAGGAUUUCCUACACUAACAGCACCAGUAUUCGGCUUAGGAUCACCUAUAGAAGAGAAGAAGAGAUUGAUAUCGGAGAUGAGCACACGAAAGGAUAACUGUUUCGUCAUCAAAUCCGAAGACUUCCCACACUUUUGUGCGAGAAAUCUGCUGAAGGAUAGCCAAGUUGUCCUAAUACGCUACGGGAAACUGACAGUUCCCAACAUUCCAGAAGUUUUGCAAAAAAUCGAUAAGAUCCACUUAGUUCAACCUGAACAUCUCAGUAACCUUCCACACAAUGUAAAUCAUAUCAGAGUUGGGGUAGCAAUCAAUAAGGCCGAAGAAUCACCAGAUCAAUCAUGGAGAUUAGAAAGCUUAGAGAAAAUCCUCAACAAGCAGAAUAUCAGUAGGAUUGACCUUCUCCUCGUUGAUACGCAAGGUGCUGAGUGGGAUAUAAUCCCUGAUAUGGUCUAUCUGUUGCAAAAGAAAAAACAUCAAAUACAGCAGAUAGCCUUGAAAGGAGUUAUUUAUCCGGAAGAAAAUGAGAACUAUCGCAAAUUUUACUGGUAUUUACGAGAAAUCAGAACUAUGGGUUUCUCGAAGGCAUUCGGCACAUGUGUGAAUGAUAAUUUCCACUUAGGGUAUACAUAUUCUCUAUGA